AUGCAGUCGAACGACCAUCUUCUUCUAAACGAGGUGACUCGUCCCAUGUUUCCAUGGCGACCCGCAAAAGGCCUCCUAUCGUAUGGAUGCGCUUUUACAGAGCUGCUCCAUACCAAUCUCACCCGCAUGAGAAAGGAGCGCGUCUUUGUCGUGGUGUCGAAAUCACUCGCGGAAAGUACCAAUGAAUUGAAUAGAUUAAAGGAGUGCUUGGGAACGAGGUUGGUAGGGAUCAAAAUUGGGUUCCCGAGUCAUCCACCAUUCGAAGAUGUUUUGAAACUUAGUGAUGACAUUCAASGAGCCGAUGCGGAUGCUGUUGUUACCUUGGGAGGCGGAUCAAUAAUAGAUGCUGUCAAAUUAGUCGCUUUGAGUAUCUCUAACGGCGUCCAUGACUUUGAUAGUCUCGAGGGUCUCAGCAAGGCUACAGCAUACACUAUGGAAACUGAGAAUGACUUCGCAAACUACACCGACUGUCCUGAUAUAAAACCCGCAGCAUUAACUAAGAUCAGUAUUCCGACGACGCUAUCAGCCGGUGAAUACUCUCCGUAUGCUGGUGCCGUCGACCCCCGAGACGGUGUCAAGAAACUUUUCAUCCACCAAAGCCUGAUUUGUGAUGUAGUAAUUCUUGACCCCGAGUUAACCAAAACAGUACCUGAGUGGGUUUGGAUGAGUUCGGGGGUACGGUCAAUUGACCAUUGUGUGGAACUUCUGAGCAGCCUUCGCCAGCAUGAAACGCAGACAGAAGAGUCGGCUAAAAGGGGUCUUGUGAUGGUCGCACGCGGGUUGCUCAAGCUUCGACUGAAUCCACAAGACGUUGAGAGUCGGCUCGAGACUCAAAUUGGCUCGAAUUAUGCUAUGGAUGGUCUAUCUCGGGGCAUACAUCUGGGUGCCUCGCAUGCUAUUGGCCAUCAACUUGGGACUAUGAAUGUUGCUCAUGGUCAUACAUCCUGCAUUCUCAGUCCCGCAGUGAUGAAAUACAACGCCUCCGCCAACGCACACCGCCAGAAACGUGCUUUGGAUACAUUGUGGGGAGACCCAUAUAUACACGAUGUUCUAGAACGGUGCGGUCUUAUUCAUUCUCAAAGCGAUUUGGGAGACACGCUUCAUGAGUUAUUUGGGCAGUUGGGUGUACCUCGGACAUUAAAGGAUGUGGGCGUUUCUGGUGAGCAACAACUCGAGACCUUGGCUCAAAGAAGCUUAGAAGAUCCUUGGUGUCGAACAAAUCCGAUUUCUUUAACACGACCUGAGCAGGUCAUGGAAAUUCUCAGGAAGGUAGAAGGUUGA